AUGACGGACACCAUUCCAGGCGAAAAGGCCCAUGGCUCUAGUGAGGAGCCCUCUUCCCAGCAGGCUGAAAUCUUUGAACGCCCUACUGGUCUGAAAGGCUUUUAUUACAACCCGUAUACACAGGUCGUCAUGCUCGGAUUCGUAUGUUUCUUGUGUCCAGGCAUGUUCAAUGCUCUCACUGGACUUGGUGGAGGCGGUCAAGUCGAUGCGAAAACUGCUGCGAAUGCAAACUGCACCUUGUAUUCGACUUUGGCGUUUUUCUCUUUCUUUACGGGUUCAGUGAAUAACGUGUUAGGCUCUCGUCUCACUCUCGUUCUAGGGACGUGGGGUUACUCCUUGUACAUUGCUUCUUUCCUUGCUGUCAACAUUCAUCCCGGCGCAGGCGACUUCGUUACCACGGCAGGUGCUAUUCUUGGUAUAUGCGCAUCCCUUUUGUGGACAGCCCAAGGUUCUCUCAUGUUGGCUUAUCCAACUGAAGCUCAGAAGGGAAGGUUUAUCGGCAUCUUCUGGGCUAUUUUCAACUUGGGUGCUGUUGUCGGUGCUUCAGCUGGAGGUGUUGGGAAUGGAACAUACAUUGGAUUCCUCGUACUUAGCCUUAUUGGAGUAUGCAUGCCAAUUUUCAUGGCCGAUCCCAGCAAAAUGAUUCGUACCGAUGGCACCAAAGUUGCUAAAGUCCAACAUCCGACGUGGAAGCAUGAGUUCUAUAGUCUUUAUGUCGCGCUUAGGACCGAUCCAUUGAUUCUCCUCCUAUUUCCUAUGUUCUUUGCCAGCAACUACUUCUACACCUGGCAAUUUGACGACUACAAUGGUGCUCUGUUCAACAUCCGCACUCGAUCUCUAAAUAAUCUUGUGUACUGGUCGUCUCAGAUCCUUGGUUCGAUUGCUAUUGGCUUUGUGCUCGAUACACCGCGACUUCGCCGUCGCGUGCGCGCCUUCUCUGGUUGGGCCAUCCUCUUCGUUAUGGUGUUCGCCGUUCACGGCUGGGCGUACUAUUAUCAAAAGUUUGCAUAUCGUCCUUCCAUCGUGGUUCGUCAAUCCUCAAUUCUUUUAUCUAGAGGUUACACUCGCGCAACAGCGACAGCAACUAUGGACUUGAGUGACAAAGGUUAUGCUGCACACUGCUGGCUCAUCAUUUUCUACAGUCUACUUGAUGCCAUGUGGCAAACGACGGCGUACUGGCUCAUGGGAGCAAUGUCGAACGAUCCUGCUAAGCUCGCAGUUUUCACUGGUUUUUACAAGUCAAUUCAGUCCGCUGGAGCUGCCGGCGUUUGGCGGGCAGAUGCGAUUAACCUGCCAUUCAUGAAUAUCUUCGCCUCUACGUGGGCUCUUACCGCCGCAGGCCUCGUGAUCGCUCUGCCCAUGGUUUACAUGCGCGUCAGAGAUAGCUCAGAAGAUGAUCAGACAUAUGAGAAAAAGGCUGAGAGCCUUGAUAUCCUUACAACUUGA